UUACGUAAUGACGUAACGACGCAAAAGAGGCGUGCGUAUUGCAUUUUUGUUCGCCGGUGUCUGCCUGGAUAGAAACAGAAACUACAGCGACUCUGCAGCGAAAUACGGCGAUUUUUUUAUCCAGGACCGGACAUUAAAAGUUCAGUAGCUGGUCUUCUGUGAUCUGCCCACAAAAGCAGCCAUGUCGUCGACAUCCCAAAAACACAGAGAUUUUGUGGCCGAGCCCAUGGGGGAGAAAGCGGUGAUGGCUCUCGCCGGCAUCGGAGAGGUCCUUGGCAAAAGACUGGAGGAGAAAGGUUUUGACAAGGCGUACGUCGUCCUCGGGCAGUUUCUAGUGCUAAAGAAAGACGAGGAGCUUUUCCGGGACUGGCUAAAGGACACUUGCGGGGCAAAUUCCAAACAACAAGGUGACUGCUAUGGCUGUCUUAAAGAAUGGUGCGACGCCUUCCUAUAAAGCGUUCUGUCACUGUUUUCUACUCCUGGAGUCCAAAUUGUACAUUACCUCUUCAAUUCAGCUACAUCCACGCGAACUGACACUGUACACACAAAAUGAGGUUUAUUGAAGUCAACCUGUUUUUAAAUUAUACUCAAAGCUGGUGAUAGGUUUUCUGAAUUUUAAAAUGAAAUGGUUCAUCCGUUGUUUGUUCAUGUACUACAGAUAUUUUUAAACUAAACACUGCUAGUUUAUUCAAUGUGCCACCUUCACAAACAUUUUGAUUUAAAGAACUGUGUAAUGUGAUAACCUACAAGUACAAUCUGGACUAACAUCUGUAUCCACCCUUAACUCUCGGGCUUCUUUGUCCUAUUUGCCGUUUUCUUUUAAAAAGCCAUUGGAAAGUCGAUGUAAGCUGUAUUUUUUUAAAAGAGCACAUCAUAUCAGAGUUUUAGUAUCAUGUACUGUCCACAUGCACUGUCUAAAAUAAUUCCUUCGAGAUGUUGCUUGUCUAAAAUGUUGCAGAGGAUGUGACAGAUUUAUAUGAAACAAAAACCUAAAACCUCAAAACUGAACUGAUGUGACACCGGCGACCUGAAGAUGGAAAUGUAUAUAAAUAAAGAUGCUGAUGCCACAAAACCCAAACACUGUCAAAGAUGUGUCAGUCUAUUGCUGAUGAGCAGGCUGCAGCCUUAAAAUAAAAACACCCGUGCGUCUACUA